CACCAUGACCCACGAAAUCGUCACAUCCCCCCGCACCGCCAAGUCGCCUCCCGUCAAAAUUCCCAAAAAUGAAAAAAUCCUGACAUGUGACCGUCCCCAAAUUUGAAAUUUCGUGCCCAUCACAACCCAUCGCGCUAAAAUUAUCGUCGUGUGAAAAGGGCGUCUUCGCGUAAUUAUAGUGCGUGCCGCUCCCGUGGCAUGCGCGCCCGCACUACAUCUAGUGCGUUUAGGGGGGGUUAUUUUCGAAGCACGUGCUAAACAAAAUGUUCCUGUCGUUGUAAAAUACCGUACCGUUGAACAUUUUUUAAAUAACGAACGUGAAACGGAAUCCUCUUGAAUUGAAUAAAUAAGAAUCGUGCGACGAACGUUGAGUGCAUAAAAUGGCUCUUGGUGCAGCGGUGAACGAUUCCGAGCCGAAGACCAACAAUAACCUAGACGGCGCAAUCGACAAAGUGAAUAAAAGUGAGCCCGGAGAUGCGAAAAUAGCAGUUAACGGAGACAGCGAAAAUGUUGGCGCCAAAACUCCGUUACAAAAUGGACACGCGGACGUCAGUCCAGAAAAACAAACCAAAGACGCCGAAGAAACGGAGAAGAAAGAGGACGAAGCCAAGGGUAAAGAUGAAGUCGUGUUUAUCCAAGACAUCGGUUUCUCCGUAAAAAUCGUGAGUCCCGGUGUGGAACCCUUCGAUAUUCAAGUUUCUAGCGUGGAACUAGUCCAAGAAAUCCAUCAACUCUUAAUGGACAGAGAAGACACUUGUCAUCGAACAUGUUUUUCGCUUCAACUAGACGGCAACACUUUAGACAACUUCGCCGAACUGAAAAACAUCGAAGGUUUGAAAGAGGGUUCAGUGAUCAAAGUGGUCGAAGAACCCUACACCAUGCGCGAGGCACGAAUCCACGUCAGACACGUCCGAGAUUUACUCAAGAGUCUGGACCCAGCGGACGCUUACAACGGAAUCGAGUGCAAUUCUUUAAGUUUCUUGAACACGGUGACUCAGGGAGAUAUUUUAGAGAAGAAGAAAAUGCGGCCGGAGAGCGUCGAUUGCACCCCUCCGGACUACAUAAUGCCGGAUAGCAAAGAUCGACCCUUGACGGCGCUCCAGCCCCAACUCAAAGACCAGAAGGUGGCGCAGUGCGUCAAGGUGCUGACCACCUCGGCGUGGAACCCGCCACCGGGGUACAGGAAGAUCCACGGCGACUUGAUGUACCUGUACGUGGUUACGUUGGAGGAUAAGCACUAUUACAUAUCUGCGUGUUCGAGGGGGUUCUAUAUUAACCAGUCCACCGCUGAAGAGUUUAAUCCUAAACCUGCUACGCCUAGUCAUUUGUGCCAUUCGUUGAUCGAGCUUUUGAACCAGAUUUCGCCGCAGUUCAAGCGGAAUUUCGCGCUGUUGCAGAAGAAGAGGAGUCAGAGGCAUCCGUUCGAGAGGGUGGUGACACCCUAUCAGUUGUAUUCGUGGACGGCGCCGCUGAUGGAGCACACGAUUGAUGCCAUUAGAGCUGAAGAUACUUUCUCCUCAAAGCUGGGCUAUGAGGAGCACAUUCCUGGUCAGACCAGAGACUGGAACGAGGAGCUCCAAACCACGCGGGAGUUGCCCAGAAAAACCCUCCCGGAACGCCUCCUUCGGGAACGGGCCAUCUUCAAGGUUCACAGCGAUUUCGUGGCUGCGGCCACCAGAGGUGCAAUGGCCGUCAUAGACGGCAACGUAAUGGCGAUAAACCCGGGCGAAGAAGCCAAAAUGCAAAUGUUCAUCUGGAACAACAUAUUUUUCUCGCUGGGUUUCGACGUCAGGGAUCAUUACAAGGAAUUCGGAGGCGACGCCGCUGCCUUCGUUGCUCCUAAAAAUGAUCUACAAGGUGUUCGCGUUUAUAGCGCUGUUGAUUUACCCGGUUUGUAUACGCUAGGUACUGUUGUUAUUGAUUAUAGAGGAUUUAGAGUGACUGCUCAGUCGAUAAUACCCGGUAUACUCGAGCGCGAACAAGAGCAGUCGGUGGUUUAUGGGUCCAUCGAUUUUGGAAAGACUGUGUUGAGCCACCCUAAAUAUCUGGAUUUGUUGAACAAAGCCGGCCAACAAUUAAAAAUAUUACCUCAUCACGUACUUAAUGACAAGGAUGAACCCGUCGAGUUGUGUUCGAGUGUCGAAUGUAAAGGUAUCAUAGGGAACGACGGACGCCAUUAUAUUUUAGAUCUGUUGCGAACUUUCCCACCUGACGUUAAUUUCUUGCAACUCGACGAAGAAUUAAGUAAAGAAGUGAAACUCUUAGGCUUCCCACUUAAACACAAGCACAAGUUGUGUUGUUUGCGUCAGGAAUUGAUCGAUAGUUUCGUUGAUUCGCGUUAUAUGAUGUUUAUUAAAUAUGCUGCAUAUCACUUGCAACAACUGAAUAUACGUAAGAAUGACCCCAAAAUUAACAAUAAUCAGGCGAUUGAUGACCAAAAGACUGAGAAGGACGAAAGCGAGAAAAAGGAGCCAGAGAAAAUCGCCGACGAUAGUGAAACUAAAAAGGGACAGAUGGAGGACGAAGAGGCGAAGAAAAUGGUCGAGAGUAUCACCGACGGAAACAAAAUAGAACUUGAAGAAAGCACCAAAAAUAUUGUUAAGACGGCAGCUGUGGCUGUGGGUUCGUUGAAAGAUACGGAAUUCGAUAUUCGUUUUAAUCCGGAUGUGUAUUCUCCGGGGAUCAAACAUUGUGAUAAAUUGGACCCAGUGAUCUCUAAACAGAGACAACUAGUGAAAGAUGCGGCAGAGUUUUUGCUCACUGUACAAAUUCCUACAUUCAUUCGAGACUGUUUGGACCACUCGUCGGCACCAAUGGAUGGUUUCACUUUAUCGGAAGCGUUGCACAAUCGCGGAAUCAAUAUGAGAUACUUAGGAAAAGUAACAAAUUUAUUAGCGAAGGUUAAACAGUUGGAGUAUUUGCAUAGUAUUGCUAUUGCGGAGUUAUUGCUAAGAGCAGCUAAACAUAUUUUCACUGUAUAUUUACAGUCUUCAGAAAUGAUGAACUUGUCCAUAGCGAUUGCUCACUUUUUGAACUGCUUUUUGUAUUCAGGGCAAGUGUCAAAUCCUAUACAAGGCAUUGAUGAGAGCAAAAACAACAGGAAGCGCAACAAACGUCGCGGCAAACUGAACCCACUAGCCUGCAACGACAAUAACGAAUGGGCGAAUCUCACCCCUAAAACCCUCUGGUCUCAACUAAAACAAGAACUGAAAUCCUACUUUGACUAUGAACUAACGACCAACGACAUCGACGCUACCACGGAAAGCUUUUCCUUGCAAAAAAUAUCCCUCCUACGUUCGUUUUGUCUAAAAACCGGCGUUCAGAUUCUACUAAGAGACUACCAUUUCGAUUCUAAAACUAAAUUGAUAUUUUACGAGGAGGAUAUCCUGAACGUCUUCCCCAUCGUCAAGCACAUCAAUCCGAGGGCGACUGACGCGUAUAAUUUCUACACCACUGGACAAAACAAGAUUCAACAGGGUUAUCUGAAGGACGGGUACGAGUUGAUCAGCGAAGCUUUGAAUUUGUUGAAUAACGUGUACGGGGCCAUGCAUCCGGAGAUUGCGCAGUGCUUGAGGAUGAUCGCUCGGUUGAAUUAUAUUAUGGGGGAGCACACCGAGGCUAUGGUGUAUCAACAGAAGGCUGUGUUGAUGUCGGAGCGGGUUAAUGGGAUUGAUCAUCCUUAUACUAUAACGGAAUAUGCACAUCUCGCCUUAUAUUGUUUCGCCAAUAGUCAGGUUAGUACUGCCCUAAAAUUAUUGUACAGGGCUAGAUAUCUCGCAGUACUCGUAUGUGGCGAAAAUCACCCAGAAGUUGCCUUGCUUGAUAGCAAUAUCAGUUUAAUUCUACACGCAGUAGGCGAAUAUGAACUUUCGUUGCGUUUCUUAGAAAAGGCCUUAGCAUUAAAUAUCAAAUAUUACGGGGCCAAAUCUCUCAAAGUUGCCGUGACUUACCACCUAGUGGCCAGGACCCAGAGUUGUAUGGGUAACUUCCGGUCGGCACUAACCAAUGAAAAGGAAGCUUACGCCAUCUAUAAGCAGCAACUUGGAGAAAACCACGAAAAAACUAAAGAAUCAUCAGAGUGUCUCAAACACCUAACACAACAAGCCGUCGUUCUCCAGAAAAAAAUGAACGAGAUCUACACAGGUAAAAAUGGAGCCUCACUGCCACCAAUCCAAAUCCAGCCGCCUUCCAUGGGUUCAGUCUUAGACAUGUUAAACGUUAUAAACGGAAUUUUGUUCGUUCAGAUCAGUCAAGAAGACAUCGAGAACUUCAAAGCGGAGAUCGAAAAGAGACAACUGACCGAAGAGAACGAAGUCGAAGAAGAAAAACCCGAAGAAAAAACGAAAGAAAUAAAAGCAGAAGCUGCGGAAAAAUAGUAGAAUUUGUUUUAGUUGUAAUGAAAAAGAUAGGCGUCUCGUUAGUACAUUUCGUAGUGGUUCUUGUGCGUGCAUUUUCCUACAAGUCAGUAACAUGCAUUUUUAUCGCUCAACGUAAUACUAGUCAAAAAGUAUGCAACUGCCUUUUAUUAUAUUAAACGUUGUUAAAAGUGUACGUUUUAUUAAAGUGAUCUGGUGUUGUGGAUUUUUUCCAAGUACUGCUGCUGUUAUUGUUGUUGUAAGUUGAAUAUGAGCUGUUGUUUUGUGAUAUGCAAUGAAUAUCUAUUUAAUCGUAGUAAACUUGUGAUUAACACUGCAAGUAUAAAUAUGCAUGUUGCCUGAACGAAGGGGAAGUUAUUUUUUAUUGUAUCCUAAUUUGAGUGCGCCAACUUUAGUAAGGUGCAGUUUUCUAUGAUAGGUCAGAUUUUUUUUGUAAUCUAAAUUUUGUUAAAAUAAAUACAGUUGAUUACAGAGAA